UGCACCGUUUUACCCACCAUAUGACAGCUGUCAAAAAAGUUCUUUUCCGGUUUAAUUCACUAAGAAGAAGAAAUUAAACACAAACCAUGGGUCGUUACUCUCGGGAACCAGAGACAGCCGCCAAGGCUUGCAAAGCCCGUGGACCAAAUCUACGUGUGCAUUUCAAGAACACCCAUGAAACCGCCCAGGCCAUCAAACGCAUGCCCUUGCGUCGUGCCCAACGUUUCUUGAAGGCUGUCAUCGACAAGAAGGAAUGCGUUCCCUUCCGCCGUUUCAACGGUGGUGUCGGCCGUUGCGCCCAAGCCAAACAGUGGAAGACCACCCAAGGUCGCUGGCCCAAGAAAUCCGCUGAAUUCCUUUUGCAAUUGCUCCGCAAUGCCGAAGCCAACGCCGACUACAAGGGUCUCGAUGUCGAUCGUUUGGUCGUCGAUCACAUUCAAGUGAACCGUGCCCAAUGCUUGCGUCGCCGCACAUACCGUGCUCACGGUCGCAUCAACCCCUACAUGUCCUCACCCUGUCACGUUGAGGUCAUCCUUACCGAAAAGGAAGAAGUUGUUGCCAAGGCCACCGAUGAUGAGCCCGCCAAGAAGAAGUUGUCCAAGAAGAAGAUGCAAAGACAAAAGGAGAAAAUGAUGCGCUCUGAAUAGACGAUGCGUAGUUCGUUUUGUUCUUAAUGAUUUGUGUAUAAUUUUUUUUAAAACUA